CUUUUGCGCAACCGAUGCCUAAUUUGGCCACACUGGAUUUGACUGCGAUUUCAAAUUCCGUAUUCCGUAACGAUAUUUUGGCAAGUGGCGAGGUAUCAUUUUGGAAUUUCGUUUGUGCGAUUUUGCGUUGGACAGUCUUUUCGAACUUUCACGUGUUAGAAACAUGGUGAGAACAAAGGCGGACAGAGUGCCUGCAAAAGCUGUAGGCAGCAAGGCGCCUGGAAAAAUUAGCGCGGGUGCUGCUGGCAAGAAAAAUAAUGGCAGAAAAAGUGCAGGAAAAAGCUAUGGAGGUGGAAAUCCUUAUCGUCCAAGGGAAACACCGGAAUGGCAGAAACCCAUCACUUCAUUUAUGAAUAUAAGUUCCACAACUACAAGUGACGCAACACCAACAAAAGAAAAAAUUGAAAAUCAAGCUUCAAAGUCAAACUGUGAGGAUCCGAAUGCUGAAGAAAGCUCAACAGAAGAGGACGAUGAAACUGAUUAAAAAAUUUCCAUAUCUUAUUCCACUUUUCAUAUCUUUCUAUUUUAUUGUUAAAUUAUUUAUGUAUUUUAACUAUCUAACUGUUAUAUUCUCUUAUCAUAUUCAUAUAAUUAUAAGUAGUUAGGUAUUAUAUACAGGUACAAAAAAGAGAAAACAAGAUAAGUUUUUUAUUUUACUGUCGUUGAGUAGCACUUUGUGUUCAUUAUUGUAAUAAAUGUUAUUUUUGGAAUUAAUUGUAAAUAAACGUUAGCGACUUUUUAUCUGAAA